AUGUUUCACGAAAAUUUUGCUUCAACCACGGCUAAUAGCAGCACGAAUCCGGUGUCAUCACAUCAUGUAAGUCAAUCAAAUCAUAAAUUUUCGAUUCCUCAAGUGAUACUUGGUACAGCAUUGGUUGAAGUGCGAUCUGAAUGUGGUCAUGUAAUUGUAUUGCGGGCUUUACUCGACGGUGGUGCAGAGGCAACAUUCAUAAGCGAAUAUGCAGUGAACUCACUCUGCUUGCCUAAAUCAAAUGUUAAAGUGUCUAUUAAUGGUGCUAAUGGUAGUAGAGUCGCAACUGCCAAAGGACUAGUUACUUUCACCCUACAUUCGCUCAAGAGUGACUUCAACAUGCCAUGCACAGCUCUAGUGCUACCUCGAGUAGGCAACAUCACUCCAACAUUGAGUAUCUCAAACAAUGAACUUCUGCAUAUGAAGGAUCUAGAUCUAGCAGAUCCUAAGCUUACUAUUCCUAAAUCCAUUGAAAUAAUUCUCAACGCCGAAAAUUACGCCGCUGUGUUACUAAGCGGUAUACGUCGCAGCUGUCAUAACAAUCUGGUCGCUCAAAACACACAUCUGGGUUGGGUGGUCUUCGGAGGAUUACAGGACCAUGCUCUAGUUACCCCGAAGAAUUCCGUCGAGUGUCACAACGCUCAAAUUGAUCUCGAUCGAACUCUUCGUCGUUUCUGGGAAUUAGAGGAGUUAAAUUCGGCGACUAGCCUUACUGAAGAGGAGCGUUUCGUCGAAGAGUAUUUUCAAAACACAACAUUUCGACGGAAGGAUGGGCGUUACAUAGUACGCCUGCCUAUUAAACGUGACGUUGGCUUGAAACAACUCAUCACUACCCAAUGUGAUGCAGUUGCCCUGCAUGGAAACUUGCAAGGGCGCCUAUCUCGAGAUGCAUCUAUGCGAACUAUGUAUACAGAUUUUAUGUAUGAGUAUUUGUCGCUGAAGCAUAUGCAACUCAUCACUGGUAACAUAAACUGCUUAUCACCUGUUUGUUAUCUGCCACACCAUGGGGUUUUGAAGGCUUCAGUACAACAACGAAACUACGCGUCGUAUUCAAUGCUUCGAAGAAAUGCAGCUCGGGUAAAUCGCUAA